AUGGCAACACAAAUUGUGUAUCUAGAUGACCCUAAAGCCGGAAGCGGUUGGAACGUUGUUCAAAAGAUGGAUCACAGGAACGUGUAUGCUAUACCAGAACUAGACCCAACUGACAACGACGUCAACAAUGUAGCUGACCAACGUUUAGAAUCUUCAAUGGAAAAUGAUGCGGAAACACUUCGAGAUACUAAUGUUAUACAAGAGCCAUUUCAAAUACAAGGAGUGUCUUCAAUCGAAAUACCGAUUCAGUCAAUUACAAUUGACCUCGGUGAUCUUCCGCGAUAUGAUGUUGCAGUUGGCCCGAGCAACGACGAUGAUGUAGUUAUAGAGGAGGCGGAGGAGGAGGAGGAGGAAGAGGAUUGGGAGACCGAAAGUGAUGAUAGCAACGAUAACGAAAGUUAUUAUAGUUCAGAUGAUGAAUGA